GUCGUUGUGACAACCUCUUUUCCAUCACAAGUAUGGCUCCGAAGAAACCAUCUGAGAAGCCCGCCGGCCAACCGGCCGAAAAGAAAGAGAAGAAGGCUGCAGCAGCCGAAGCCUCCGGCUCGGGUGAAAAGAAGGGUGAGAAAAAACCUGCUGCUGAUAGCAAGGCUGCUGGCAAGAAGAAGGCUCCAGCACCGGCACCCGAAGCAACGAAGGCCGCCGCCAGCACCGGCAAGAAGGAUGCCAAAAAGCCAACUACGACCGGUGCUGCUGCUGCUGCUACUGCCGGAAAGAAGGCGCCAGCGAAGCCUGCUGAAAAAAAGAAGGCUCCAGCUGCCGCCCCGGCUGCGGCAAAGGCCACCAAGGGUGCUGCUAAACCUGCACCAAAAGGAGCCGCCAAGGUUGCCGCUGCUAAGGGAACGGUGAAGGGAGCAGCCAAGGGUGCAACUAAGCCAACCACUAAGGGAGCGAAGGUUGCAACCGCUGCUAAGAGCACCAAGAAAGUUGCCACUGGUGUAACUGCCGGAACGAAAGCUGGUGCCAAGAAGACCGCUAGCGGAAAGAAGGUUACUACCAAAGGUGGCAAGGUUGUAAAGGGCAAAGCUGGUGCCAAGAAGGGAGUCAAGAAAGGAAAGCUGACUAAGGAAGAGCUGAAGGCAAAAAUCCAUAAGGGAACGCUCAAGGCUCGGGCGACCGCCGUGGCUCGUGCUAAGCGCGCGAAGACUAAGCUAAUCAAAGGCCCAUACGGAACCGUGAUGCGUAAGAUCCGUACCUCCGUGAAGUUCCGCCGACCUCGCACCCUAUGCCUGCCACGCAGACCAAAAUACCCGAGGAAGUCGGUGGCUAAGCGUAGUCGCAUGGAUCCGUACAACAUUAUCAAGUAUCCGUUGACAACCGAAGCAGCGAUGAAAAAGAUUGAGGACAACAACACGCUCGUCUUCCUGAUUCACCUGCGCGCCAAUAAGAACCAUGUUAAGGCUGCCGUUCGCAAACUGUAUGACGUCAAGGUGCUGAAGAUCAACACGCUGGUGCGACCAGAUGGCAAGAAGAAGGCGUACGUGCGAUUAACCCGCGACUACGAUGCACUAGACGUUGCCAACAAGAUUGGCAUCAUCUAAUCGCGCUACCACCGGCGGCGCCGUCAGAAAGGAGUUCCAACUCAGUUCUCUUUUUCGGAUGAGAAGUGGGUGGGUAUACUCUGGUGGGAAACUGCUUCAAGCAUUGAUCAAUAAUGUUUGUAACACUCAUCCGAGGAAUGAUGAAAAUAUAACAUCCCUGAGGGCGAUUAUAAAAUA